CGUAGCUCUGGAUAUUUGCUGUAAUAAGCAGAUAACAAAACGAUCCAAAACUAUAAAACUAAGGAAAACUAAAUCUACUCCAAAAACUCUCAACUCUGUAUAUCCUUUCUUCGUGUACUUGUCAACAAUCUUGAACUGAAUGUCUCACCAGAAGGAAGCCAUAUUUCAAUCAUCACGUUUAGUGAUGAGAAAAAUACUCAAGUACAAUUAUCAAUGAAAAGUCUGAAUAAAGCGGAUGUGGAAAACAGAAUUGCGAUGCUCCAAUAUCACUAUUUGAUAGGUUAUCAUGAAAAAAGAACGGAUGUAGCUUUACUAAAAGCAAAUGAGAUAUUCAAGAGAAAUAAUUCACUAAAUCAUCGACAAGAUAAAGAUGAUGUCAUAAUUCUGCUCACUGAUGGACCACCAACGCGAAGGAGGGGAAAAGUUGAACAACCGCACGACAUCGCCAUAGCUGAAGCAAAGAAACUGAGAGACAAAGGCAUAAUCAUUGUUGGGAUUGCUGCUGGUAACAGUCAACAAAAAGUUAGAACUGUGCCAUUCUUGACAAAUAUAUCAACAGCCGGUCAAACGCUCUCAUCUACAUUUCAUGAUUUAAUUCUGUUGGUCGACAGAAUUGUGUACGCUUUCUGUCCCCAACCUUCCCUUGGACCAAGUAAACCUAGAAAUUUGACAGUCGUGGUUAAUGGAAGAAGUUUAACACUUUCGUGGCUCAAGCCAGAAAUUGCUUCGGAUAAUAUUGUCCAGCAUUAUCUCGUAUCCUGGGGGACAAAUCGGAGUAGCCUAUCAGUCCAAAAACAGGUUGUGUCGAGUCCUUUUUUACGUGAUUUUGAAAAACCUGGAUUAUACAAUUUCAAAGUGCAAGCUGUUGAUAAGAAUGGUGUUGGUGAAGCUGUCUGUCUUAACAACGUAACAAUCGAUGAACGAGAGCGUGUUCCGACCAUGAGUGCAGAGAAUCCACGAGGUGUUUCGACGGACAAUGCCGUGGGUGGUCAAAAGGUCUCAACGGCGCUGGUGUUAACAAAAGCUGUAAAUUCACAACCAGACUAUGCCAUUGCAGGGGGCGUAGCAGGAUCUGUGUUUAUUUGCUUGGCUUCGUUUUCCCUUUUAUUUAUAGUAAAGAAAAUUCGAAAUAGACGCAGAGAGAAUUCAAUAAAGGAAUUUGAAUCCUGAAUCACAAACCGGUCCAAAACGACAAAUUCCCGAAAUGAUGCAUUGCUUGAGCUGGAACAGUUAAACGAAGAAAGCGAGCUCCAUCCAGAAGAAAUCUCAUAUGUAACCAUAUUGAAAGACUGGGAAAUUUCGCCUUACCACCUGCACAUAAUGGAAAAAACA